AUUCAGACAAAGAGCAGAGAAGCAGGGAGCAGAGGCAGAGAGAGAGAGAGAGCAAGAGAAGAGGAAGAGACUAUCUCUCUCUGUUCAUAGAACCAGAAGCUGAGAGACAGACAGAGCCCGAGAGCUAGGGAGAAACAAAACGAAACAAAAAAAGAAAACAUAGAAUGAAACAAACCAUUUUCAUUCUCAUUAUGAUACUGAUCCCCUGUUUUCCCAUUCACGGUAAUAUUUAAAAAAAUUUUGAACUAGGUUGGCCUCCCAUAACCAAACGGCGUUGAUUUGAUCUUCCGUUAAUCUUAUGGCCAAAACCGGAGUCUUCGAUUCCGAUCCGACAGCUCUGGCUAAAGCAAUGGAAUUGAAGAAAGAACUGCAGAGAUUAGUGAGCCUUAUCGUCGACGAAGAGGAGUACCGCACCGAAAUGAUCGACCAAGCGAAAGAUACACUCUCUGCUUUAAAAGAACUGAAGAUGAAGAAGAAAUCGUUGUCUAUCAAGUUACGUGAAACGCUGCUCUGUCCUGAGGAAUUCAAGUGUCCGAUUUCCAAGGAGUUGAUGAGAGAUCCCGUUGUCUUGGCUUCUGGUCAGACUUUUGAUAGACCGUAUAUCCAAAGAUGGCUAAAAGCAGGCAACCGUACAUGCCCACGAACCCAGCAAGUGCUGUCUCACACAAUCCUUACUCCCAAUUACCUUAUCCGGGAAAUGAUAUCACAGUGGUGUAAGUGUCAGGGAAUAGAAUUGCCCAAUCCUGCUCAUUAUGUUAAUGAGGGAGUAACGGAAGCGGAUCGUGAUCAUUUUCUUUCUUUGCUGGAGAAGAUGUCUGCAAGUCUUUCUGAACAGAAAGAAGCUGCAAAGGAGCUUCGGUUGUUGACAAAGAGGAUGCCAUCAUUUCGGGCACUUUUCGGUGAGUCUCCUGAUGCUAUUCCUCAAUUGCUCAGUCCUCUCUCUGAAAACAAGUCUAAAAGUGGGAUUCACCCUAAUCUCCAAGAAGACGUGAUAACAACACUCUUGAAUCUUUCUAUCCAUGACAACAACAAAAAGCUUGUCACUGAAAUCCCCAUGGUAAUUCCUCUUCUUACGGAAGCAUUGAGAUCUGGGACCAUUGAAACAAGAAGCAAUGCAGCUGCUGCUCUUUUCACUUUAUCCGCUCUUGAUUCCAAUAAGGAACUUAUCGGAAAAUCUGGAGCCUUGAAACCACUAAUUGAUCUUUUAGAUGAGGGUCAUACAUUAGCAAUGAAAGAUGCUGCCUCAGCUAUGUUUAACCUAUGUAUCAUCCACGAAAACAAGGCGAGAGCUGUGAGAGAUGGCACAGUCAGCGUCAUUCUGAAGAAAAUUGCGGAUGGUGUUCAUGUAGAUGAAUUAUUGGCUAUUCUUGCAAUGCUUUCUACAAACCAAAGCGCUGUCGAGGAAAUGGGUGAUCUCGGAGCCGUGUCUUGCUUGCUGCGUAUAAUUAGGGAGAGUACUUGUGAUCGUAGUAAGGAAAAUUGCAUUGUGAUCCUCCACACCAUCUUUCUGAAUGAUCGAACCAAGUGGAGAGAAAUGAAGGAAGAGGAGAAUGCUUAUGGAACAAUAUCUAAGCUUGCUCAAGAUGGGACAGCAAGGGCCAAGAGAAAAGCUAAUGGUAUUCUUGAGAGACUCAAGAGAGCUGUUAAUAUUACUCAUACUGCAUGAAGAAGUCACUUAAUGCAGCAUUACCCAUUUGUAAAUUCUACUUCUGUUUCCCAGCUCUCUGGUUGUGAAAGCUACUCAUGCUCAAUUCCAUUCUGUAAAUUCUUUUCUUUGAAUUCCAGUUUCACGUGUA